AUGGAGUUGAAGAAGGACAUCAACGCGGUGUCUAUCGACAUGCUGCUGAUCGUGCACUCGGAGAAGCGGCGCGCCGCACAGAGUACGCACUCAGACCAGCAGGCGGACCCGGGCACGCUGCUGCAGCGCCGCGGAGGAUUCCAAGGUGUUGGAAAUGGAGUCCGAAGAUGGCAGAAAUUAGAAGGAAAUGACCUCCAUGGAAACCUGGCGGAAAAGCAGCACCUUCAGCAGCCCCAGGUCAUCACUUCCUAUGACAACCAAGGUAAGUGAUCGCAGUUAGUCACGACCUCUCCUGUGGCUGUGUACCCAGAUCUGCUGCCCCAAUUGCAUCAUUGUUUCUUAAUAGCAAAAUGUUUACAAGGUGACAAAAAUGGAAACACAAGACCCCGGCAGCCUGGAGGGAAAGAUGCCCAUGCCUACCCCUGGGACCGGUCCAGUCUGAAAUCCAUGGCCCUGGACCUACGGCAGUUUGAGAAACUGGACACCUAUGCCUCACAGGUGAUGGCCAAGAGCGGCCUGGAUGAGCUGGUGAGUGACCUGCUUCAGGAGGCCCACACUGACCUGGAAAGGGUCCGUGCCAUCUGGAUCUGGAUCUGCCAUCACAUAGAGUAUGACAUUGCAGCUGCCCAGGAGAAGGACCGCCAGGCCUUCAAACCCACUGACAUCCUGCGGACCCAGAAGACCAACUGUGAUGGCUAUGCUGGCCUCUUUGAGAGGAUGUGCAGGAUCGCGGGAGUGCAGUGUAUGACAGUGCCCGGCUACUCCAAGGGCUUCGGCUACCAGACAGGGCAGAGCUUCUCUGGGGAGUUCGACCAUGCCUGGAACGCUGUGUUCUUGGAGGGGAGAUGGCACCUGGUGGACAGCACGUGGGGCAGUGGCCUGGUUGACACCACCACCUCCAAAUUCACCUUCCUCUACAACGAAUUCUACUUCCUCACCCAUCCUGCACUGUUCAUCGAGGACCACUUCCCAGACAACAAGAACUGGCAACUGCUGAAACCACCGCAAUCUCUAAGGCAGUUUGAGAACAAUAUGUAUCACAAGAGUGAAUUCUACAACAAGGGGAUGCUGAGUGCCCACCCAGAGACGUCCACAGUCAGAACAGUAAACGGGAAGGCCACGAUCACCAUCGAGAGCUGUGCUCCAACACUGUUCAUGUUUAUGCUCAAUGGCAAGCAGGAGCACGGGCUGCUGAGCCUCCGGAAGAACGGGAUGAAGCUGGAGGUGUACCCCGCAACCAUGGGCACCCACAAGCUGCAGAUCUUCGCCAAAGGCAACUCCGACAUCUACAGCUCGGUGCUGGAGUACACACUCAAGUGCAACUACGUGGACCUGGGCGUCCAGCUGCCAUCCGAGCUUCACCAGCCCGUGGGCCCCAGCUGGUUCUCGGAGCAGAUGGGCAUCACGAAGCCCUCCCACCCUGACCCCAUCAUCCACACCAGCGACGGGCGCUGCUCCAUCAGCUUCGGUGUGGAGGAGGGCAUCAGCAUCCUGGCUUCGCUGCACGGGGAUGACGGCCCCGUCACUGAGGAGACACAGCGGCGCUACAUCUUCCAGCUGCACCGGGAGAAGCAGGUGGAGCUGAGGGUCCAGCUGCCCCAUGCUGGCAAGUUUGCCCUCAAAAUCUUUGUGAAGAAGAGGCAGGAAGCAGGAAACUACGUCUUUGUCUUCAAUUACCUCCUGUGCUGCACCAACACCAAGGUCAACUGGCCUGUGUUCCCUGAGAGCUUUGGUAACUGGGGGCAGGACAAUGAGCUGCUAGAGCCCCUGUCAGGUGUACUUCCUGCCAACCGGAACAUCCCAUUCAAACUGAAGCUGCACGGCAUUGCCAAAGUCCUGGUGAAGGGGCAGGACACGUGGCCCCUGACCCUGAACCACGAGGGCUACUGGGAGGGCAGCUGCAGCACGGCCGGCUGCCAGGAGGUCUACGUCAUGGUGCUGGAGAAUGCCAACCACAACUUCUACUCCUACAUCCUGAAAUACAAAGUGAAUGCCCAGUGAGGGCUUGGCCCCAAAAGCCCUCCAGAAGGCCAAAGCCAGGCCUGCCUGGGGGGUCCAAAGGCAGUGCAGAGAGCCCUGGACACCACUGAGUCUGCAUGAAAUCCCUUCUAGGCCUCUGCCUCAGUCUCCCUGCUCUGCCACAGAAGCUGUGAUAUUUAUGUUCUGAAGGCUCCACUCACUUGUCUCCCUGGCCCAGGAGACAGAGGCAAAGGCUCUUUAGAAAAAAAAGGUGCUAUGUAAAUCCAAGGUAUUGUAA